UAGGUCAGGGGUGUUAAACUGGUGGCCCUCCAGCUGUUGCAAAACUACAAGUCCCAUCAUGCCUCUACCUUUGGAAGUCCUGCUUGUAACUGUCAAUCUUGCAAUGCCUCAUGGGACUUGUAGUUUGGCAACAGCUGGAGGGCCGCCAGUUUUACACCUGUGCUGUAGGGCACAGGUGUCAAGCUGGCAGCCCUCCAGCUGUUGCCAAACUACAAGUCCCAUGAGGCAUUGCAAGAUUGACAGUUACAAGCAUGACUCUCAAAAGCAGAGACAUGAUGGGACUUGCAGUUUCGCAACUGGAGGGCCACCAGUUUGACACCCCUGUUCUAG